GAUACAUAAAACAUUGAGAGUGAGGAGAUGGUAAGCUUUUGUCCAGAUUAGAUUUAAAUUGUUAAUCCAGUCCUAAGUUGAUUUAAUCAAGUCCAUCAGUUGUAGAAAAUGGAGGCCAGGUUUCCAACGUGGACAAAAGCUUGGUUGUGAUGAGGUUUCCGCAGUGACUGCACAGCCAAAUGCGAUCCUCCAGGCAAAGCAAAACUCGAAAAAAUAUCAAAAGACCCUCUCUCUGGUUAUUUCCAUUUCUUCGUCUUCUCUUCUCUCUUCAUCUCAACAUCCAGGGCGAAGGGGAUGAUGAAUCCCCGGUAAUCCUCGUCCUUUGAGGGAAGAAAUCAAACAAGGCGAGAAACCCAGCAGGUUUUCCUUGCCCCAAAUUCAAGGCCAUAGAUUUAUUCUGUGCCUGGAAAAAUGGACAUGUUUGAUGGCUCCUUUAAGAUUUACGUCGACGCCCACAACAACCACCACCCAAAAAUGGAUGACAUUGAGCGGGGGGGGCAUGGGAAUGACCCAUACGGCAUUGACAUGUUCUCCAAGGAGGUUGACAAUGUGAGGGACGAUAUGAAGAACAUGGAGAAGCUCUACAGCAGAUUGGGGGAAUGCAAUGAAGAGAUUAAGAUGGCGGAGAAUGCCAAAACCAUGAAAGAGCUUCGAGCUCAAUUGAAUAUGGACCUGGAUCACCUCCUUAAGCUGGCUAAGCAAAUCAAUAAGAAGUUUGACGGCCUCGUUCUUGCCAAUGCCGCCCAGCGGAAGCUCACCGGAAAUGGGCCUGAUCCCUCCGAUGAUCAUCGGGCCUCCAUGAUCUCCAGCCUGGGGGAAGAUCUCAAGCAUAUGAUGCGCAGUUUCCAGGGGCUCAGGACCCAAUUGGAAUCCGACCACAGGCAAAUCAUUGAAACCAGGUUUUUCGCAAUCACGCGAGAGAAAGCAACAGCAGAAUCCAUCGACAAUCUGAUUGCCAAUGACGCGGCAGAGAGUGCUCUCC